AUGUUCUUCAGCAACACAUUUUCAGAGUCCAAAAAGCAGAACUCGGAGCACUCAGUUUCCAGUCGCUAUGAAUUUGGGGUAACAGAGUCCCCCGAUGUCUUGGGUUCAUCCCAUGUGAACAUGGAAAGCAAGUCCUUCCCCUGUCGUUUUCACCUCUUUGUUGUAUUUAUAAGUGACAAUAAUAUCCCUUCUCAGAUGAUCUGUCACAGCUUGUCCACCAUACCGUCCCAAAGUCAGUGUUUUGACAUUCUCCAGACUGGCAUCUGUAAAUAUCUGGUUGGAUUGGUGGUAAUCCCCGAUAGCACAGCUGGAUCUGUUCUAUGUGCCAUAAAUAAGCUCUUGGAUCAAGCCUGCAUCCUAAGUGAAACCCUGCACAAGUUCUUAGCCUCCUGCUGUUACAGUCUUCUCUACUUUCUGCUGACCUUAGACAAAGAGGACGCAGAACAUGUACAGAAAAGGGACGUGCUGUGGGCAUCGUGUAUCUCUGCGUUAGCGCUCCUGCCGCGGCUGCUGAGGCUGAUGCUGCAGAGCCUGCAAGUCAGCAGGAUCUGUCGGGAGGAACUACCCGUUGUCGCUCAGUUGCUUCGCUUGCUCAUGCAGCAUGGGCAGCUCAGGAGCCAUAUGAUCACCAAUGAAUUCCUGGUGCAACAGAUUAUCAAGGACAUCAUGACACUGAAGAGCGGUGAAGUUCAGGAGCAGUGGCUGACGGACCUCCAUUACUGUUUCAACAUCUACCUUGCCUCUCACCCCCAGGGGCCUGGCCCCAUCAACGCCGUGUAUUAAAGAGGUCAGACUGCAUUUAUUGUAAAGCAUUUACUUCUAUUUAGUUUUGAAUGGGAGAUGUUGGAACAAAGCUUGUCAAUUUUUUGUAAGUGAAACAGAAUAAAAAUUUUACAAAGAA